AAUCCAUGGGAGAAGUCUCUGUGUGAACUUGGGGGCAGGGGAUGAAACUACUAGCUGCUUUACAAUAUUACCCAAUAAAUCAUAAAAGACAGAGAGGAAGACCCACGUCAGCAGGGGGUGGAGAGAGAAAAUUCUCAGAAGGGGCUUACUUUUAGAGUGUGCAAGGGGAGAAAGGACUAGCUGGCUAAGCCUGGCUGUGCGAAUGGAUAGACCUGUGUGCCUGCCUGCAUGUUAGAGGGGACAGUGUGGGGGGAGACACGCAGUGUGUGUGGAGGAGGCAGCCCUGUGUGUGCUGUGCCUGUGAAGAGAAAUAGCCAGGGGCGUGUGUGGAAGAGAGAGAAGACCUGUGCGUGGGAGAGAAGGGAAUAGCCCUGUGUGUGUGAGGGGACGGGGGAGGGGGCCAGCCCUGUAUGGGGGAGAAGAGGCAUAGCCCAGUGUGUGUGUGGCGGGGACAGACCGCGCAGUUCUGGCCGGGCUGGGAGACCCUCUCUCGGGGUGUCUCUGGAGAGCGGGGGGCUGGCAGCCGGUCUUGGCUCCUCCGCUGAGCCUUGUCCCAUCCGCUUUGUGACUUCACUGGCUCCGUAACAGAGCCCGCUCCUCCUCCUCCCCGCCCGCCUGCCCGCCCGGCGCCUCCCGUGCCCGGCCGGGGUGGGCUGCGGCCGCGGACCCCCCGGGCAGGAUGCUGUGCUUCAUGCCGGGAGUGGCCUUCAUCCCCGCGCUGCUCGUCUGCUGGUCCUCGGCCGCCUUCAUCAUCUCCUAUGUGAUCGCCGUGCUGGGGGGGCACGUGGAGCCGCUCGUCCCCUACAUCAGUGACACAGGAACAAAACCUCCAGAAAGUGGCAUCUUUGGGUUUAUGAUUAAUAUUUCAGCAUUUUUAGCUGCAGCUACAAUGUACAUCAGAUAUUUAAUAAUAGAGAAGCAAAAUGAAUCAUCAAUUUUUAUGAGUCCUUCAUGUAACUUAAUUACAUUAUGUAUUGGAUUGCUGGGCUGUAUUGGAAUGGGCAUUGUUGCAAAUUUUCAGAGCAGAGAGCGAGAACUACUAGACCAGACACAAGAAGAGUUACAGGAGCAGAGUUGGCAAUAUCAGUGCAACAUCAAGAGCUCCCAAUACUGCAAUGAAGAGAAAAGAGAGUUAUCUGUUCCCAGCGUCCAUGAUGGAGGAGCUCUUGUGGCUUUUGGCUCUGGUGUUGUUUACAUUACACUUCAGUCUGUCAUCUCUUUCAAGUCAUGUCCACAAUGGAACAGUCACUCUACAUGUUAUAUAAGGAUUGCCAUCUCUAUAGUGUCAUGGAUAGCUGUCAUUCCCAUGAUUGCAUGUGCGUCAUUAAUUUCCAUAACAAAAGUUGACUGGAUUCCAGGAGAAAAGGAUUAUACUUAUCAUUUUGUGAGUGCAAUCUGCGAAUGGACAGUGGCCUUUGGUUUUAUCUUCUUCUUCCUAACCUUCAUUAGAGAUUUUCAGGGAGUUACCUUAAGGAUAUUAACAGAAAUGCAUGAAGACUUCUGAUGAUAGAGAAAUUAUAUUUUUAUCAAUGAACAUUGUAGGAUUUUUUUUAUUAAAGAAAAUGUUGCAGUGAAACGAGGGAUUUCAGUGCUGAUAUGACAUGAAGCCACUGCAUCAACUCUGCAAUCUGCAUAAUCCUACCCAAGGACACCUUUUUAAAACUAACAUUUCUAAAUGCACUUUUCUCCUGAAUGGGCUCUCUUUAGUCUGCAGCCUUGCAAUAUUUUUUAAUUUUUAAUACUGUUUGAUAAUUUUAAAAAACGUGACCUGUAAAAGCACUUUCAAAGUAUGUCAAAGUGUAAAACAGAGGCUCCUCAACUUUUCACUUUAGAGCACAUGCUGGUUUUUCCAUUAAUAGUAGUCUGAUUAAUGGCAGUAGUUUUAAACUGAAAAGGAAAAUACGGGUUUCAUAUUAUUUGCAAAGUGUCAAGAAAGUGAACAAAAUUAAAUCAGUUUAAUUUUAAUUAGCAUGUAGAUUGUGCUUUUCUCCCACAUUUUGAAUAUUUUUUUUGUCAAGGUCUAUGCCCUGUUAAGUUGCAAGACACUGGGUGGGAGGAAGAUGAUGAUGUGAGCAGACAUGGGUAACUUUGUUCCAAAGCUUACAGUUUUGUGGUUUACUGGAUUUCAGCACUUAUACUGUCAAGCUAAUGGGUACAUUAUAAAUAUCCUAGAUGGAAGUCUAGACUGUUAGUAUUGCUUGAAAAAUGUUUUCUGCUCAUCAGUUUCUGGGGUUUUGUGAGAACAAGCCCAUUUCUUCUUCCCUGUAGAAAGCUAAAAGCUCAUUUUAAUGGUGGCUACUGGGUAGCUUAAAACUUAAGAUGUAAUGGGAAGGCACGGGAAAAUAAAAUAUUACUUUUCAGAAACAGAGGGAAAUUGGAUGGUCUGACAUCUUAAUGCUGUUUGACUAACAUGGGCAAGGUCUUCCAGCAUACCUUUCUAACCAAUGACAGCAGAAGGAGAGCCUACCCUAGAGUCAUCAAAAAGAGAACUGAAGAGGGAGGAGAGGAGCCACUUAUAGUUAUAUAAAGGAACUGAAUAUCAUUACUGGAGGGCAUCUAAGAUUGAGAUAGGCCGUGGGAUAUGCUGCUAAAUUUUUUUAUACCUUGUUUUUUAAAGAAACUAUUAAUGCACUUGAAGAGUCUGGGAUGGAAGUUUGUUAUAAUAAUUGAAGAGUCUGCCAUAUUACAACUAACCAGGACUUAGCAUUUGCUAGUAUCUGGAGGCAGAAAUAUUCUUCAUGGACUACAGAGAAAAGACAAAAUUUCAUUGGCUCCAUACAGGGUACUAACCACUGAGCUAUCAGGCUAGUUCAGCAAAAAUUGUACUUUCCAUGGCAUAUCACAAUCAUUUGCAGAAAUACUGUUGAUUGUCAUUAGGGGUUAAUUUUAUAUUAAAUGUCAUGUACACUAUCAGUAAAGAGUAAUGUCUAAGAAUUGCCAGCUGCUAAUGCAUCCUUUGAUAUGUAUAUUAAACUUAAAGCCAAAUUCA